CUCUCCCUCUCUCUCAGCCAUUACUUAUUCCACUCAACCUCUCAUCUCUCGGCCCGCGCUCUCUCUCUCUCUCUGUUCAAGUCCUCAAGGCACCACCUCAAGGGAAUAGAUAGAGUGAGUGAAGGGCCGUUUCAAUGGCAGAUCAGGAGAAUUGUGUGCGCGUUACUCGCGCUGCCACAAAAAGGGCAGCGGCAAUGGCUCCGCUGAAGGAUCAGCCUGUGCUCAAGAAGAGAGUGGUUUUGGGGGAGCUGCCUAACUUAUCAAACGUUGUCGUUUCAGUGAAUAAGGGCUCUGGGGGUUUGACCCAGAAGCAGAAAAUUAAGCCUAAGCCAAAGGCUAAGAAGGCUAUCAUAGUCAAGAAGGAUGAAGCUUCCAAGGGGGACAUUGAUGGAACGUCCGAUGACCCCCAGAUGUGUGGACCUUAUGCAUCUGAUAUUUAUGAAUAUCUUCACAAACUGGAGGUGGAUCCGAAGAGAAGACCGUUACCUGAUUACAUUGAAAAAGUUCAAAAGGAUGUUAGCCCAAAUAUGAGAGGGAUUCUGGUGGAUUGGCUGGUGGAGGUUGCGGAAGAGUACAAUCUUGUCUCUGAUACUAUUUAUCUCACUAUUACAUACAUAGACCGAUAUCUGUCCUUGAAUGUUAUUAACAGGCAGAAACUUCAACUACUGGGUGUUUCCUCAAUGCUUAUUGCCUCAAAAUAUGAAGAAAUCAGCCCUCCGAAUGUGGAAGACUUUUGCUAUAUAACUGACAAUACAUACACUAAAGAAGAGGUGGUGAAAAUGGAGGCUGACAUACUCAAGUCUCUCAAGUUUGAAUUAGGCAGUCCUACAGUAAAGACAUUCCUAAGGAGAUUUACCCGGGUUGCACAAGAGGAUUACAAGGGCUUGAAUUUGCAACUUGAGUUCCUGGGCUACUACCUUGCUGAGUUAAGCUUGUUGGACUAUAAUUGUGUGAAAUUUUUGCCUUCUUUGGUGGCUGCUUCUGUUAUUUUUCUUGUGAGAUUCAUAACUAAACAAAAGAUGCAUCCCUGGAGCUUAACCCUUCAACAGUACUCUGGAUACAAGCCUUCCGACUUGAAGGAAUGUGUGCUUAUCAUACAUGACUUGUAUUUGAGUAGAAGAGGAGGUGGAUUGCAAGCUGUGCGAGAAAAAUACAAACAGCAUAAGUUCAAAUGUGUUGCCAAUAUGCCUUCGCCUCCAGAGGUUCCAGCUUCCUUCUUUGAAGAUCUUAAAGAAUGAAUGUUUGAAGGCCUCUGGGAGAGGAAUCCCAGCACCAGAAACAUAGCAUUUCAGAAACACCAGCAAGAUUUUGAUUGAUGAAGGGGGGGUUGAACAAGUUUUUGCCAUCAUCUGCUGCGGGUUCGUCCUUGCUGGUGCUUGUGAAUCUGAUGCUUUGGGAUUUAAUAGUCACCAUGAAUGUCAUUUACUAACACAAUAAACUGCUAACUGUGCUCUAGGCAUCUCUUUUUGUUGAUAGGAAUUUGAAUUUCCUAGGAAAAUAUGGUAAAUAUUCUUAACUGUUUUGA